AAUCACUAAAAGGGUCUCAAUUGCUAAGAACAGAGAGAGCUUUGAAACUUGUAAAUUUCAAGUUGCUUCGUUAUUUCCAGAAAUGGGCACUGAUGAGGAGAUUAAAGCCGUUAAGGAUUGGUUAAAGUGGAACUACUAAUGAAACCAGAAAAUUAGCAAAGUAUUUAGUAGUACUAUGACUAUAUCAUCAAGAGAGAGAGAGAGAGAGAGAGAGAUAGUAGAAGCAACAUUGAAUGCCAACGCGGUUUCGGUGAAGGCACCAGAGAGAAAGAAAGAGAGAAAGAAAGAUGCAAUUUUUAUUUUUUUGACAGAGCUGACUUUAAGCUAAGAAGAGUAAGUAAGCAGAGCCAUGGGAGUGGAGUAAAUGCAGUUUUGCUGUCACCACCCCUUUUGACUCUUUGAAUUACUCUCCUCCUUGUUUUAGGUCAGCGUUUUUCUUUGCACUUUAUGAGACCUUUUUUUCUAUAUAUUGCAUUGGUGCAGAUCAUUGAAACCUUAGCGUUUAGACCUUUGUCUCUCACCAUUUCCCAAGAACCCCCCCCAAAAAAAAAAUAAAAUAAAAAAUCACAUACACACACAGAGUGAGAGAUAUUAGCAGAAUAUAUAGCCAGUACAGCACUGUAGUAUAGUACAGAAAACAGAGCAAAAAAUAGCCACUUUACUUUACUACUACUGAUACAGCUUUAGUGCUUUACUUAAUAUACUGAGAGGGGAAAGCCAAAUUUUGGGGUACAACAUUGGUAUUUUAGGGAAUUGAGUGGGAGAAGAAAGAACAUAAGGACCGGAUCAAGAAGGAUACAUAGGAAAGGAACAAGGAGUGGUGUGUGAAUUGAAUUUGUGUGUUGAAAUGGGAAGACCUCCUUGCUGUGAUAAAGUUGGAGUGAAGAAAGGGCCAUGGACUCCUGAGGAAGAUAUAAUGUUGGUUACUUAUGUUCAAGAACAUGGUCCUGGAAAUUGGAGAUCUGUUCCUACCAAUACAGGAUUAAGAAGAUGCAGUAAGAGUUGCAGGCUGAGAUGGACAAAUUACUUAAGGCCUGGAAUCAAGAGGGGUAACUUUACUGAUCAGGAGGAGAAAAUGAUUAUCCAGCUUCAAGCCCUUUUAGGCAACAAAUGGGCUGCCAUAGCUUCUUACCUGCCAGAGAGAACCGAUAAUGACAUCAAGAACUUCUGGAAUACCCAUCUGAAGAAGAAGCUUAAAAAGCUUCAAUCGGGCUCAUCAGAUAACUCCACCAUUAGUAGUACUAAAAAUGGGUUCUCAUCGUCUUCUGCAAUUUCCAAAGGCCAGUGGGAAAGGAGGCUCCAAACCGACAUCAAAACUGCCAAACAGGCCUUACAAGAUGCAUUAACUUUGGAUGGAUCGAAACCUUCCCCUGUUCUGCCUGAUUCUUGUACCAGCCCCGAUUUGAACCCGGGUAAACCCGGCAACAACAACGGGUUAUCAUCAUCAUCAUGCACAACCUACGCAUCAAGCUGCGAAAACAUAGCAAGAUUGCUUCAGGGCUGGGUGAAAACUCCAUCUUCCUCAUCGGUCAAAUCAGAGCAAUCGAAAUCUUCGAGCACUCAGCACUCUUUCUACAACGCCGCCGCCACCGCCACUACGCCGGCGGAUUGUACCUCCAGCGACGAGACUCCGAGCGCUGAGAGCAAAACCGGGAUCGAUUUGACGGAGGCAUUCGAAUCCCUGUUUGGGUUUCAGUCUUUGGUUGAGUCUUCAACGAGUUCGGAAUUCUCUCCGGCGAGUGGCUCCCCUGAGGCAAGUAUUUUCCAGGACGAAAGCAAACCGGAUCUGGUGGGAGUCGGAGUUCAAGAACAUCAAAAUCCACAGCAAAUCCCUCCUUUUUCGAUGCUGGAGAAAUGGUUGCUGGAUGAAGGAGCCAUCCAAGCAAAACUCGAUUUGGCUAACUUCCCGUUUGAAGAAGAAAGUGCAAGUUUAUUUCAGUAACGAAAUCAUAAGAUUUUUCUUUUAGAAUCUGGUAGGUUUUAUCUGAGAAGAAAUUCCGGCGACUCUCUUGUUAAUUUCCUUUUUCAGGCGUUAGGCAUUGACAAUUAUUAUUAUUAUUUACUUUCUGGGUUUUUUUUGUGGGAGUUUUGAAGAUCUAAGAUGAGUUUGAAUGAUCAUCUUGAAUCUUCAGUAACUUCUUCAGCGAAUUAGGGGAAUAUGAGCUAGCUAGAGCACAUAUUUUUCUGCAUCAAUUGUUCAGAUUUUAAUCGUUGACAAUUAGAGCAUAUAUGUUAGUUCUGUAUUUGUUUAAAUUCCUCCCAAAAUGAUAUUUUGUGAAUUUUUUACAUAAACUUUUCGUAACAUGCCUUAAUUCGUCGAUUUUUUUUAGCACGUUUGGCCGGAACCGCCGUGAAACUUUCCAACUAAUCUGAUUACAGCGUAGCCAAUUCUUGGAGGCGGUGGCUGGCCGGUGGCCGGCUACUACAAGGUGAUGACAAAAACUGGAUGAGACAAUGCUUUGAUUACAUGAGGAAUGUUGUAAAAGGAUUUUAUUUUCAUUUUCUUUUUAAGAUAAUAGAAGUGAUUUGAAAGACAGCGAUUGAUGAUCACAUAGCUUUAGUUGUACUCUUUCC